UUACUUAAGUAUCGUCAUGCAACAUCGUCAUUUCUAUGAACAUCUAUUGGUAUUUGCACAUUUUUGCAGUCCCGAGGGUGGAUACUAUCUCAACAAAUACGCAAAUAACUACCGACGAGACCUCCCAAAUUGAAGGAAGAGAUGAAAUUUUGAUACAAGCCGUAUUCAUGAGACCUGCACUUUAUAAUAUCAAGCUGCCCAUCAAGAAGCGAACAAAACUUAAAAAGGAUGCACUGUGGCUAGAAGUUGGCCAAGCGCUUGGAGGAACAAUGACAACUGAGGCGAUCAAGAAGCGAUGGCAAUAUUUAAGGAAUUGUUUCACCAAAUCGAGAAAUAAACUUAUGAAGUACAAGCCAAGUGGGUCUGCUGCUGACAUUUUGAACAAAGGAAAACAAUGUUUCCGGUUCUAUGAGCAAAUGAGUUUUUUAUGCGACUCGCUACCAAGCAUUCCAACUGUGAGUAAUAUUGAGCCAUCUUCAACCGCAGCCGCCACCUCAGAUGAUAGUGGAUGUUCUAGUGUUCCGCCUAACUGCAACAUUUCGUAUGUUUCUCCUGCUACUUCGUCAGGGGGAUCGACAUCUUCGUCUGUUGACCCAUUCGAUAUAGUGAAUAAUUCAAUGAGGUCACCACCACCACCCUCAAGGACUCCAACACCAGGAGCAAAAAGGCGAAAGACCACAGCUGACAAUAACGUCGAAUUGCGAUCUGCACUAGUAUCUGCAUUGCAAGAAAAAGUACCACAAACAGAUGCAGUGGACGGGUUCCUGGCUAGGCUGGGCGAAGGCUUGCGGAGGAUUCCGUAUCGUGAGAGAUGCCGACUAGAAAUUAGUUUCCUAACCCAGCUGAUGGAGGUUGAAGAUCAAUUAAAUUUACCAGACUGAAAUUCUAUGCUUCAGAACUUAUUUUUGGACAUGUUUUGAAAUAGAGUUGUACUUCUUUUGCUGACUA